AUGGCCUGGUUGAUUCAAAGAGGAGAGGUCACAGUGCCCCAACUGGGCCCGGAAUCACCGGCCACAGAUGUUCAACAACUCAAGAAUGGCAUGAAUGUCAUCGCUGCGUUGCUUCGGAAGAGGAACCUCAAGGCUCGCGUGCCUCUCGUGGCCGAGACGAAAUCGAAGCCAGCGAAGCGCACAGCAGAGAAGGAGAAGAAGGGCACCAAGCCCCUGCCUAAGGCCAAGCCCAGCCCGAAGCCGAAGCCCAAAGCAAGCCCCAAGCCAAAGUCCAGAGCGAGCCCCAAGCCGAAACCCAAAGCGCAAAGCAAGCCUGCUGCCCAGCCUCCCAAGCAGAAGGCUGAGAAGAAGCCACCUCCCAACACAAAGCAGGCCAAGGCACCACGCGUGAACCUCCCGCCGACGGUUGGCAAAGGAGGAACGAAGGGCCACGGACGGGUCUUUGCGCAGCUCCAGCAGAAUUUGCGUUUGGCACGGAAAGCAGGGGUGAAAAGGAUGUCUGCGAACAUUGUGGAGGAGAUGAGGGAGGUGACACCUUUCGAUGUGGUCUUGAGCCUUCGCCGGCGAACAGGGGGAAUGCACGCCCUCUCUUCGAAGAUGAGUUGGAACGGCUCAUUCCGGUGGAGGUCCGCCGCAGCCGACCAGAUGCAGGGGUGGGGAAACCUCCUCAAGAUCGGGUGGCUUGUGAAGCAAAUCCUGGUGAAUCCAUUGUCGGACGCUCCCUGCGUACGCCACGGCGCCCAGAUCCGCGCCCGGAUCACGGCCGCCUGCCGAGAUCAGGGGAAGUCCUUAGAUGAGCGCUUGCUGCAUGGACCCCAAGUGCACUCUUGGGUGGCAGGAUCCGGAGCAAGAUGCCAACUCAUUGAGUUGAUGGUGACGUCCAUGCAGUUGGGGGAGACAUGUGUCACUUGCAGCCGCGACAGCAGUCUAUAUGCCGACAGCGGCUUGCGUGUGGUCUCGGACAAGUACCAGGAGGUGGAAUAUGCAAUCAGUAUGGAAGACGUUGGUCAGCCACUACCCCGUGAAGCCUCGGGUUUGAUCACAUGGGCCUUGGAAGAGAAGUCCGUCGCGGCACACGUUCUGAAAGAGGGCUUGGUGCAUUUAGCGCUUCAGAAGUAUUUGGUCCUCAGCAAGGAGCUGGACAUGCUAGGUCCAAGCACUGAAAGCUGUGAUGCUGUGACCCUUCGAAGGACCUGCAGGCUCAAUGCUGCAAUCUGCUUCUUGAGACUCUCGCGUUGGCACGAUGUUAUCUCCACUUGCUCUGAAUUGCUGGCCGAAGAUGCAGGAAUGGUGAAAGCGCUCUAUUUGCGAGGGCAGGCACACCUCCAGCUCAAGAAUUUGGAAGGCGCAAAGCAGGAUUUCAGCCAUGCCCUUGAACUCGAUCCCUCAAACGCAGAGAUUGAGAAGAAAUUGGAGAGUUGUCAACGGGCCCUUCUCAAAGCAGACGCACGGAAAGAGUCCAAAAAGGAGAGGUCCAGCAACACCUUGGACAAGUGGAGUUAA